AUGAGAGUCUUGGUUCCUACUAGUAGUACACCUGGUCUUUGCUUUUUGUCCCUGCCAGAUUUUGACCCACAUAACAUGAACCGUCCAGAUUCAGUUCACCCGACUUGGACUUUCCUUGCUGCUGUCAAUGGUCUUGCUGCCCCACCGACAAUCAGCGUUAACGCCCUCAUCAUAUGGGUAGUGGUGGGGGAUGAAAGUCUCAGAUCUUUUUCCUUCAACGCUUUGCUUGCCUCUUUAGCAGUGACAGACUUGCUGACAGGAUUGCUGGGCGAACCGCUGUAUUGUCUCUUUCUUGGAUGUCUUCUGAACAAUUGUCUUUUACCUGAMUGUACAUUUACUGUGCAUAAUUUAGYGAGUUUGUUCUGUUCAGGUGCAACAAUGAUUAUCUUUACCAUUGCAAGUAUUGAGCGGUAUUUAGCCAUUGAACAUCCGAACUUUUACCUCCAGAACAUYACRGUAAAAAAGAUCAUGAUAACAACRGUAACAUCUUCCUUGAUAAUCAUGGGACCUCUGUUGAUUAUUACCGCUUUACUGAACAGAAACUACGAAGAAAUAUACAAAGUUCCUUUGGCUAUAUCUACUUGUAUUUUAGUUAUGGUAAUUCUGUACUGCACAUCUAAAGUUCAGAUGACAGCUCAUCGUCAGAGUAGAACCAUCGCCCUGCAGCAAGAAUCAGUUCUACAGCCAGACGAACAGCAGCAACAAGAACAACGACUCCAGGAAUACAAGCGAGUGUUCACGAUGACCAUGUUAGUGGUUUUGUCGAUUCUCUUUUAUGUUCCUUUCAUUAUAGUCACAGGGAUAGAAGCCGUAGCAGGAAAAGAUGUGACGAGCGAUUUCCAAUACAUCGCAAUAGAGAUAUGUUCAACAUUUGUACAUUUCCAGUCCCUCAUCAACCCAAUCAUCAUGUCACUGCGUCUGUCCUACAUUCGCCAAGGCAUCAAGAACAAGCUAUCCAGCCUUGUACACUGA